AUGAGCCGAGACCUCUCGGGAAGGCGCCUCAGGCACGCGCAAGUUGUCGAAAAAAUCAAGGCGUGGAUUUCGAAGAAACAGCAGGAGACGCGCGCUGUCGAACUGCUGGCCGAACAAACGGAGACUCUGACGCUCGAGGCGGAAACGAAACGGAAGGAGCCUGCGCCGAGCCUGGACGAGUCGUUCAUUCGCUCCCUCAAGGACAACUCGAUGAAGAUGCCCAUGCUCAUCAACGAGGGCUUGAGAGAAGAGAAAGAGACGCAGAAAGCCCUGAGUUUGCAGAAGGAGAAGCACAGAAGCGUCUCGCUGGCAAAGAUAAAGAAACAAAGCAACUGGUUUCUCCACCACGAUCUGCUUGAGGACGAAGAAGAGGAAGACGAAGAAGACGCAUGCAGUGAGUCGACCGCUGUCACGGGUCUUCACCAGGCUGCGCCUCCCCGUCUUUCAGAUCCCCGAGGAAGAGGGUCGUCCCCCGCGCCAGAGAGACGAAACCCUACGAAGACCAGAUUCCCGCGACUCGGAAACCUAUGUGGCAAACCCCCUUCUUCUCCCUCGUCUUCAUCCUCUUCUUCUUCGUCUUCUUCUUCUUCUUCGUCUUCUUCUUCGUCUUCGUCUUCAUCUUCUUCGUCGUCUUCUGCCUCUUCGUCGUCUUUGGCAGCCGUUACCGCGUCGAGUGAAGAGACAGACAAACAGAACGAGGCGGAAGCAGCGAGAGCCGAAGAACAGAAGUGGACGCUGGCGGCGGAGCGUCUCGACGUGCAUGCGUUUGCAACUGCAGACGAGCUCGAGAAAAACGUCCAUCCUGAGGUUCUCAAGAAGAAGCUUGCCAUGCUCGGCUGGAAAUGCGGCGGGAAGCCCUCGGAGAGAGCCGCACGGCUGUUUCUCGUGAAGACACUCAACGGCAAACCUCCGCCAAAACACGUCCUCGCUCCGAAGAAAGACUCAAGCCGAGGCUGA